CUUUAUUUCUAUUUUAGGAGACUCUUUCACACAGUUCAGGUUCUCUGAUGAAAAGGACUGGGAGAUGGACUCACUGGCAAAUAAACAGAUCCCAGCUCUGUUUAUAGACCUGCCGGCUUUAGCUCAGAAUCUGCAAGAACUUCCACUACACACAAGACUAAACCUGGAGGCUGAGUUUAUUCAGGUGACGACUCCUGUUGAACUGCCAUCGGUGACAGUACGUCAUAAAACAGACUCCACUGUAAUAGGUGGAUUGAAAGCUCCUCAGGCAGGCCGCGAGUCAGCACUGGGUGUUUCUUGUGCUGUAAAGCCUGUUCCAGUUACCACACCAUCUCUUUCAGUCCCAACAUUGGUCCAGUCUGACAUGGAUGAUGCUGACAAGGAGCUCGACCUUCUCCUCAACUUGCAAAAACCUGUUACAAUAGAUGAGGUGCUGAACAAUCCAGAGCAAGCUUCAGAUGAGGAAGAGAGAACAGAACAAAUGGUUGACAUGAAAAAUCUGAAGCCAGAAGUGGAGAGAGAAGCUAAAGCCAUGAGGCAGGAAGUGACAGAGGAGGAUCUGGAGGACUGGUUGGACAGCAUGAUCUCCUGACCUGACAGAGACACUUUCCUCCCUGGUGACUGACACUGUCAUGGAUAAAAUAAGCACAUGUGGAUAUACUAAUGCUGACGUAGCUUUACCUCUGUGCAGACAUUAGCAUCGUACCAUGUCAUGUGUCAUUAAACGAAGAGGACUAAUUUAGUCAUCCAAUAUAAAUCAUGUUUCAUGC